UUUUGAGCCAGUUUACUAGAAAAAACAAGUUUGUACCUUUCAAUCCUUUAUUCAGCGAUCUAAAACUGGAUAGCAUGGACAGAAUCUUGUUUUACAUUCUACAUGGCUGAACUAAACGGCUGCAAUGACGAGACCUGACAGCAUAAAUGUUAGCCUUUUUUUUCGGGAGCAGGCCGCCAGAGAAGAGGACUGAAGUUUCACGUGGACGUUAGCCGGCCGGAACCGGUUAAACAAGUUUGACAAGUGGUCUCUCUGUUCCUCUGUUGCCCCGGUGUAAAGCUCUUCUUAUGAAAAUGAGUUUGAUUUGCAUGAGAAUCAAAUGUUCAUUAAAAUGCGUCAGUUGCUUCAAUGAUCCGAUGAGAAUUAAAUUACAUAUAGCCGUUUCGAGAAAUAUCGCUUCAUUUGCACUCAGCUCGCUGCAGUGAAACACGACCUUCGCAAGUCUUCAGACCUCUGCACAAGCCUAGGUCCUACACGUACACGUCUGUAGGCACCGAUCGGAAGAGCAGCUAUUUAAGAACGAUAAUCACCUGGAAGAAGGUUGGUAAUCAUCAAGCUAACUGUUGGAGCCAACCAAGACAUUUGUGUGAAGUUGAGGAAUAUGUCUCUAAAGAUGGGCAACAAAGACAUAGAGAUGAAUGGUACUGAGACUGCAACUGAAAAUGAAAAGAAUGCAGUAUACGAGGCGGUCAACUCUCUUGGACAACUUCCCUGGGAGUUUCCGGAUGACUCUACAGUAACUGUGGAUGAACUCGCCCGGAGAAUCUUCGCUCAUCCUAUUAUCAGCGACUUUCUCAUCCGCUUAUCUCGCUUAGAUGUGUUCUCCAAAGAGCUGGCAAGCUCUUUCAGCAGUGAUCUAGAGUUGCUCCUGCUAAUCAGGAAAUUGAAGUAUUUUUACAAUCAACCAACGUCCGCUGUAAUACAGCAACUUGCUAGUUUGGUACCAAGAACUGAUACCAAUGCCGAGGCAAUUUCCAAAUGGAAUCAAAUCGUCAAGAAGUUCACCGCCUCUGCAACCGGCAAAAUGCCAGUGCGCCGUUUACUCCAAGAUAUAGGAUGCCCAGAAUGCUACUUGGAGAAUGCAGAACAUCUGUUGAAGGUGGAUCCACACGCUGUUUACCCUACAUCCAUUUACCGCAGAUGUGACGGAGAAGUCCUGGCAAAACCAGACGCAUCUCUGGUAGAGUGCACUAUGAGAUAUACUCGGACGACGACAGCCAAGAUUGUUAACGAUGUGUUGAACCCAACCAACCCAGAGCUGAGAAUCGUGUAUCAGUCUCUUGGAAGAUGUGUAGCACUUGUGGACAAUGUUGUCGAUGAACUCUACGGCGAAGCAAUUCAGACCUAUUUCGACGAGAACUGCAUCAAGCUGCAGAAGUUGGUCGUCCCUUCGGGUGAAGUCGACAAAGACAUAAAAACAGUGCAGCAGAUCUUGGUCGAACUAAUGAAGCUGAAGGUGACGAGAAAUGAACCUGUUCUUGUUGUCGGUGGAGGCGUCAUACACGACGUCAUUGGCUGUGCCACCUCGUUGUACCAUCGUGACACACCUUACAUCAUGCUGUCCACAAGCAUCAUGGCUGGCAUCGAUGCUGGACUGUCGCCUCGCACUGGUUGUGACGGAUUCGGUUUCAAAAACCUGUUCGGGUCGUACCAUCCCCCGAUUCUGACGAUAACUGACAGAAGCUUUUUUCGCACCCAAAAUCGCGGCUGCGUUCGGCAUGGCAUUGCUGAGAUCGUCAAGAUAGCAGUGGUUAAGGACGAGGAACUCUUCUACCUACUGGAGAAAGAAGCUAGCAAUGUUUUGUGUACCAAGUUUGGCCUAGAGAUGCAAGAUUUCCAGGGGGACAAGAAGGCUUUUCAAAGUGUCUGCGAUCUCAUCAUCGGCAAAGCUCUUGAAAGUUACAUGAGAUCCGAGUAUGGCAAUACAUGGGAAGCACACCAGUGCCGACCACACGCGUACGGCCACACUUGGAGUCCUGGUUACGAGCUGCCUGCGGGAAUGCUCCACGGUCAUGCCGUAGCGACCGGAAUGGGGUUUGGUGCUUACCUUUCUUUCUGCAACAACUGGAUCACAGAGCAUGAGAUGAAUCGCAUUUUGAACCUAAUAAGCGUCCUGGAACUAUCUCUAUGGCAUCCAAUCAUGAAAAACUCGGAGAUAGUGUACAAAGCCCAGAAGAGCGUGAUCGAGAAGAGAGCUGGCAACCUGGUCGCACCUGUUCCUAAAGGCCUAGGAAAAUGUGGCUACAUUAACGAAAUGCCGUACGAGCUCCUUGACAAGAGGCUGGGAGAAUAUCGGGAGAUCUGCCAGCGGUACCCAAGGCAGGGAUUAGGAAUUGAGGUCCACUGCAGGGAUAUUGGGCUCGAGGACCCCGCCACUGUGGGAGACAUUAACAAGGCCCUUCCCGAUGAUCCUAAACAGAAAAAUGGAUUCCUGUGUAAUGGGGACAGUCAGGAACUCAACAACAAUGGUCUUACUGUCUGCGAGGCGUAGACAUAUUUACUUAGGGGCUGAAGACACUACAAUGACCGAACGAAGAUGACACGUGCAUCUUGAUGAGAUGUUAAGAACGCAUCUGUUUCAGUCAUGUAUUACUACGCCUACUAUAUAUAUAUAUACCAAACCAGCUAGUGGAUAGUGCUUUUAGCAUGCUUUUAAUAUAUCAACCGUUAUCUCUGUGUAUUAGCCAGUUUCUAUAUAUCAGCAGGAAAAUCACGCAGACUAGUCCAUCAGGAAUUCAUAGUUUUUGAGAUUUCCACUGUGUUUAUGUCAAAAUUGUAUUCAUCACUGAAGUAUCCGUCAUCUUUGGACUGGUUCUUACGAUGAGUAAUUGCACUCGGUGAUUACUUGAUACUUUUGUCAAGAUUGUCAAAACCUAAUAGGUCUAGCAAAGAAUAUUUAUACAAUGAUGUAUUGUCUAUUGUAUAGAUUGGGAUUAAAGUGCUGGGUAACUUUAAA